CCUUGUAAUAUUUAUAUUUAUUAUUUUUUACAGUUCUGGGAAGUCAUCUCCGAUGAACAUGGCAUCGAUCCCAAUGGCAACUACUAUGGUGAAAAUGACAUGCAAUUGGAACGUGUCAACGUUUACUACAACGAAGUCAAUGGCAAUAAAUAUGUGCCACGUGCCGUGCUCAUUGAUUUGGAACCCGGUACCAUGGAUUCCGUGCGUCAAUCACCCUAUGGUCAAUUGUUUAGACCAGAUAACUUUGUGUUCGGCCAAUCUGGAGCCGGUAACAACUGGGCCAAGGGCCAUUAUACCGAAGGCGCUGAACUAAUUGAAAGCGUCUUGGAUGUUGUCCGCAAGGAAUCUGAAGGCUGUGAUUGCCUUCAAGGUUUCCAAUUGGCCCAUUCAUUGGGUGGUGGUACCGGUUCUGGUUUGGGUACUUUGUUGAUUUCGAAAAUCCGCGAAGAAUAUCCCGAUAGAAUUAUGAAUACCUUUUCGGUGGUACCUUCUCCUAAGGUGAGUGAUUUGUGUUCUUUUAAACAUUAA